GUUUGUUUUUGACAGAUUAGCAGAUAAUUUUUUAUUUGACAAGUAUUAAAUAAUCUUCACCUGAUCUUCACAGAGUUUUGUGAGAAUUUUUAUUCAAAGAUACAAUAUAUUAUUUGCUCUCAGCUCUGGCUCUCAGAUUGUGGUGUAGACUCAAUUUCAAAAUCUUGACAAUCAUUCCUAAACAUGUAUAAAAUUUAGUUGUUUUUUUGUAAAUAUAGUUAAAAUAUUCAAAGACAUUACGAUGUCGGACUGUUAUUCAUAUUCUUCGGACCACUCUAUAAUUAUCCAAGAAGGAAAUAUGAUCUGGAACCACGCAGUUCACGACCAAUCUUCCCUGCAAUACUUCGAUGCAAACGACACAGUUAUAACUGACGCCACGAUCAACGAGAGUUACGCUACAGCAAUUGAUUCUAACGAGACGCAGUAUUUAUCAAUACUAGACUCGUCCGGAGAAGCUACUCUUGAGAAUAUUAACUUGAGUAAUAUAACACUUGGAGAUAUGCCGGUAGAAGAAAAUAUAGUUUUUUCUGGAACAGAUCCCCCUGAACAAAUUCCAAACGAAGAAAAUGAUAAUAGUCAAGUUGUUGUGUUUGCAGUUGAAGGAUCGGAUGAUCUCUAUGGAUUACAGUUAAGUCAGGAUCAAGAAGGAAAUAUACAGAAAUACCAGUUUCAAUUUAGAACUAAUCAUGAAGGUAACUUAGAAGCUAUUCCUGAAACUAUACAGUUACUGCCUCCAGAUGAUAACGCACUUGGUAAUGAAGCUGCAUUUCAACAAGAAAUUCAAAGUGAAAAUGAAUCAAAUGACCUACAAGAUUAUUUAUUAGCACAGUCCCAAAUGCAGAAUAAUAAUGAAAAUGAUUCAAAUACACUUGAAAGCACUUUUCAACAAAUACCGAGUGAUUCUGAUUUAUUACAGCUAGACGAUAAUAAGAGUGCAGUUAAUAUUAAAACUGAAGUGUAUAUUCCUUCACAAGAAAUCGAUCUGAAUUGUGUGAAACGUGAACAGGUCUUCAACAAUGAUGAUGAUGAAGAUCAUCCCGAUUAUAUACAAGAAAACCAUGGAUUUGAUGGUGUCAUUGGCUCUUCACAGCAUCUUAUUUUCGGUGAACAGGUUUCCGAUGGUAAUUUUACUGAAAAUAUGAUUCAGGAAAACGAUAGUGAGCCUUGUGAUAACGAAGUUUUAGAGAAUAAUGAUGAAAACAUAGUGCAGCAGCUUAUGAAUGACAAUGGGGCUGUUGAAGUGGAAUUCGACAAUGGAACUGAAGAUCUCGACGAAGUACCUGAAGGAUAUCCUUACAAUGAUGUCUAUAAUCAAGAGUGUGAGAAUGUGAGUUCCGAGACUGAGACUUGUAGUGCAAGUCCACGCAUAGAAUCUGACAGCGAUGCUUAUCAAAUUGCUGAUGAUUUUCAGUUACCAGAGCCACAAGCAGAGGAUAUUGAGGCGUGCCAAUACCAAAUAACAUCAAAUUCUAAUACAGAAGAAAUUAUAGUCAACCAGCAACCUAUUCUUGAGAAAUCGAACAUAUUAAAACAUUCUUCGGCAAAUUUGGAGAAUAAAAACAGCAAACAGCCGUUUGUGAACGUGAAAUAUUAUAUUGUUUACCCUGAGAAAGAAAACGUUAAUGCAUUAGUCGGUCAGGCCAAAGAAAAAUUGCCAAAUUUAUCUAAACUACCGAAAUCCAAUCCCAGAAGCGUGUUGCGCACGUCAUUUGUGAAACCAAAGGAAGUACCAAAAUGUGUUAAAAAUACGGAAUUCGAAUUGCCCGAGUGCGACCUGUUCCAAAAAAGGUUCGCCAAGAGUAAGGAAGCGAUGCAGGCGAAAUUGUUUCACAAUUUCAUUAACGGAACGACUAUACCAGUGGCGCCCGUUAGACAGACCAGACAACCGAGGAAGCAAAAAAUUAAACCCGUGCAGGAACGAAGGGAUGAAGAAAUUAUCGUGCAGGAAGUUAUGAUUUCGUCUACGGGAUUUGUGCAAGACUUGAAUAAAAAAUUGCGAAACAAAAAAGUCGAGGUUAGCGCUGUGGUUGAACUAUCCGAUUCCGAAGAAGAGCCCAAUUCAAAAUCACGACGAGUAACUGUAAGCGAAUCAGAAUUAUCCGUUGUAGAAAUCCAUUCUGACGACGAUAGUUUAGCUAAAAGUGCCUCCAAGUCGACUGUUGUUAAAAGGAGACGCGGCAGACCCCCCAAAAAGCCACCCACAGAAAAGAAAAUAGAGCUAACACCAAUUAUAGAAUCAGUAAGUUUUAAUUCAAACCAGGACAUUGAAGAAAAAAUAGAAUUUCCUUGUCCGCAUUGCUCGAAGUCCUUCCCUAGUCAAAAUAGUCUUAACACACACAAAAUCCAUCACAAUUUAGAGAAUAGUUUGAAGGAACAAAAGAAAAUGAACUCUUCCCGGGUGAGUGUAAUACCAAGACGAUCUAUUCUACCAAUGAAGUUUGAGUAUAACCACAAGUGCGAGAAGUGCGAACAAAACUUCAAAAACAAUGCUUUAUUACAACGGCACGAAUGCAGGAAAAAACAAUCGGAUUUCAAUUGUUCGGUGUGCCUUAAAUCGUUCCGGGACGUUGCAUUAUUGAAUAUGCACAAAAAAAGUCAUGUUAAGUCGAACUUGGUGAAGAACACAAGCAUAGAAAAGGUUUCUCCGAAGAAAUCCAUCCAAAAACCUUUGAUAGGUGUGAGAAAAUCAAGUUUGAGUGGGUUCAAGUGCAAGGAAUGUGAAAAAGUGUGUGAAACCAGAAGUCUUUUGGACUUGCAUGUAAAAACUCAUAAAAAGUUUACGUGUUUAACAUGUUCCGCCACCUUUACGUCGCGUCUCUUGCUUGAUACUCACAUUCGCAUUGAUUGUGUGAAGUUCAGAUCGCCGAAAAACAAACGUUUAUCGUUCAAAAUCCGAAAAUCAUUUAUACAAACCCCUCCAAGACGCUUGUCCAUCGCUAAAGUAGCAGACAGAAGUUUGAGAAACUCCACUCUAGCAACGAUUUUAGAGUGUGAAGUUUGCAAAUCGAAAUUUACGACGUACCGCAAUUUGUACACUCACAAGGUGCAGAAACACGGCAUGAGCACCCCAGAUAAGAGCUUGAUGGCUGGUAACAGGCCAAAACAAGGGUUGUACAGGCCAAAACCAGCCCAUGGAGGUAUUCCAGCCAAUGAUAGAAUGAAGAAGGCGUUUGCGGCGCUGCGAAUGAAACUGGCCGAAAGUCAGGAAGUACAGAAAAUUACAGGAAGUACCGUUGAAUCUGUGCCUACGACGACAGGUCUUGCUGGUCAGUAAGUUAGAUUUACGUCUUUACAUCUUCUGAGAGUAUCAAAAACAAAAAAGUUCGAAAUGUUCAGAAACCAAACUCUCGCACAGAAUAAGGAAUUAAAAAGAAGAUUGAUUUUAUCUAAAAUAUUUAUUUUGUUCUUUUGACUGUAUUUUCUGAAAUUUUCUCUACUUUUCGCAGUGCCGCUUAAACUUCCGUCGUUUUAGUACAAAUUACGUUGAUAUUGGGAUGUAGAAAAUCUAUAUUAUAUAUAUUUAGUUUUUAGGAUAGAUUUUUUAUAUUAGUGUUGUAUUUAAAAAUUAUUUUAUCCAUCAUUUUUUUUUCUUGGUGGACAAUACGGAGUUUUCAUUUUGUUUAUUUUUAUUGUUUUAUUGUGUAGCUCACAUUUCUGAAUUCUGAAAGGUGUAACAAGAUGUAUAUUAUUAAAACUAAUUUAUUAUUGAUUAGAAUAAAUAACUUAUAAAAAUUAGCCAAAAAAAUUAAGACUCACGAAAAUUUAAUUGGUUCAUUUAUUCUAACAGUUUUUUUUUUGAUUGUUCAAAAUUCCUAUUUAAUAUUUUAUAAUUGAUUGUUCAAAUGAAACAAGUCAAUUUGAGAAUUAUCUGUACUGUUUCAACUGAAAAAUUUGUAUUUUGUGAAAA